CUACUAAACAAGGCGGAUAGUUACUAUCUUUAAUUAAAAGUAGCAAUCUAAUAAAAAUGUUUCUCUUCAUUUUUAUGACUAAUCAUAAGAAUAUGAUCUCUUGGCGUUAUUAUUUCUCGACUUAUUUACACUCGACAUGUGGUUAAUCGAAUUAGAUCCAAAGCGUCUAAUUGGGUUGAGCAAAUUUUAUAUUGACAAACGCUAAUCGUUUUAAAGCCACUUGCAGAAAGGCGUUGAUAAGUGAAACAUGAUGCUUUUCUUCAUCUUUCUUACCUUUUUGAUUAAUACUCAACUAUCUCUUGGGUAUCAGUGUUUGUACAGGGAGAUAAGGAAUUCAAGUGAAUACUGCUUCGUUGAUUCUAAAGUUGAUUUGAAUACUUCGCUAGAAGUUUGCAAUUCGCUCGCUUUGAGACUGGCUACCCUUGAAAGUCAAGACGCUCUGGACGAGGUAAAAAGUCUAAACUUUUGGGCAAACUUGAGCAUACUGGUCAGCGUUUGGCUACCUUUACAUAGUAAGUUGAGUGGAUGGCGGUGGGAUGACUGUCUACCGGUGACUUUUGAUAAUUGGAAGAAUCCUAUUUAUAAAGAUAAAGAACCUGGCUCUUGUGCGUAUAUGCACCCGAAUAGGGAUUGUGUUUGGUACCCAAUUUCUUGCUCCUCUACUACUAUUUAUCCUCUAUGUACUAAUCGACCUUUAGACUGUCCAGAAGAAACUACAAUUGCACAAACGACAAGCCGAAUCACUUCUGCACCUCCCACUUCUCCUUCAACUAUUACUUCAACCUCUAUACUACCAACUUCAACUAAAAUGCAAACAAAGAUACAAACAUCACUAGCACCACUAUCAUCAUCAUCAUCGUCAUCAUCAUCAUCAUCAUCACCAACAACAACAACAACUAGUCAUCCUCGAUCUUCGCAUUAUUCAACUAAAAUUUUCUUUAUCUCUCCCUCAGUUUCUACUUUUCAGACACAAAAAACAACUCAAUUAGUCAACGAAAAAUCUUCUAUUCCAACAUCUGUUGAAACAGCUACGCAUCCUUCAACAAUUUCAACUGAGAAAAACGAAUAUCAAACAACAUCGAACCCGAUUGAUGAAAAUAUAAGAAAACUAAAUCCUAUAUCUUGCCAUAAAAAUAGGAUUUACGAAGAUUCGUUUCAUUAUAGAUGGGUCAAGGGUUACACGAUUAUAAUUAUGUGUAAAUUAGGUUACGAACUACCAGACGGAACAACCUCUAGGACUUUUAUUUGUACGAAAGAACAGCAAUGGAAAGAUCAGAUUUGCAGACCAAAGAGAUGCAACUUGAAUGAUGGAAACGUCAUUAGCUACAAUUCGAACACGAUAGUAAAAUGUCCUAUAGAAUUUUCUCAACAUUGUACUUCUGUUGGAAGAUUGUCUACAAAUUCUUGCGAAAAGAAGCACAUUUCCUGUGGCUUCUUCCCUUAUAUAACUAAUCAUUCUACAGUUGAAUUGGAUAGUACAAAAGAUUAUCUUAUUUUUAAGUGUAACGAAGGCUACAGAUUCCCCAAGGGGGAGCGUAUCAGAAGAUUUUAUUGCAAAAAUAAUAAUUGGAUACCUGAAACAGAUGGUGAUAGCCGAUGCUUAGCUCUCACUUGCCCACCAGUACCAAGAGUUGACAACGCCGAACCAAACACAACUUUAAGCAUUUUUGACACAGUAGUCGAAUACAAAUGCCGAGUAUCUUUUCACGUUGCCCCAUUGAUAAAUAGCCAAGUGAUUCGCUGCAUAGAUCCAGGAAUCUGGAACGGUAGCGUAAGAUCUUGUUACGAGAUUGAUUGCGGAGAGCCUAAAGAAUUGAAGGGAUCGGAGAGAUACUUUAAUUCUACAACAUAUAAUUCAACUGUUGUUUAUCGUUGUCCUAAAGGGCGCAGAUUCUCCGAUGGAACUACUCAAAAAGUAUCAGUUUGUCUAAAAACAUCUAAAUGGCUUUUAAUAGUUGACGAUUGCGAUAUUAAUCGUUGCCCACCUCCUCCGCAAAUAUCAAAUGCUUCAAUUUUUUUCAAAAAUACAAAUCUUGGCAGUUUUGCCUACUAUGAGUGCCGAAAAGGUCAUGAAAAGACAAAAAACAUAUCUGGGGCAGUUAUCUGUUCCGAAAGAUUAAGAUGGGAGGGUAACUUUCCAGUUUGUUCAAGUGAAUUUUGUUAAAUAGAACAAACAAAAAAAACAGGAAUUUUAUUAAAGAUCUUGUUUUUUUUUUCUCAAUUACAGUUGUUCGUUGCAUGAGCUUGAAUGUUUCGCAAGAUGUUGUUCUCAGUUCUCUUGAUUCUCAUUAUAAUUCUAUAAUAAAUAUAUCCUGUAGGAAUGGUUAUUAUUCAACAUUUCCUAGUAAUUUUUCACGAUGCUCUGAUGGAGGAGAAUGGACAAUAGAAGUUCCUUUCAAUGUUUGUCAACGUCAGUUUUUUUUCAUCCAUAAAUUGUACAACUCUAGUUAAAAACUAUACGUUUUCUCUUUUUUACCAAAGCAGCCAUAAGUUGUUCGGAACCGUUACGUAAAAAGUAUUCUUGGUACACUAAGUCAGCAAACUAUGUCUUUGGAGAUUCUAUCGAGUUUCACUGCUUCAAUGGUUUUGAUUACGGAAAGGGCAAAUUCUCAUUUCAUUCGAAUUGUACAGUUUUUGGUUUAUGGUCGAACGAUAAUGAUUGUAAAAAAACGGAAUGCCCUUUCCUUGGCUUAUGGGAUGACUACGUUGCAAAUAGUUCUGAAAAAUUCUUCUCAACAGUUAUCAAUGUUACUUGCCAAAGUGGUUAUUUUUUAAAUAAUGGUUUUGUCGUAACGCAAUGUAAUAAAACUGGUGAUUGGGAGCCGUCUAUUCCAGAUUGUAUUGAUGGAGAACGUGAAACUAAAGACGUUCCUGUCGAGGCAAAAUAUUCUUCGAAUAUUGGAACUGCUGCAAUUGUUAUUUUAAGUGUAAUUCUUUUCUUUAUAAUUGUAUUAGACUUCAUUACUAUUGCGACUCAAUAUAUGACAAAAUCAUCUGAAAAAUCUGUAAUUAUUAUCUAAAAGUUAAACAUAGUAAUUUUUUUGUUAUCGUAUUCUCAAAUUUAAGAACAAACAUGUCGUAAAAGGAACACUUUUCUUCUUUUAUUCUUUGUUCGAAAGAAAAGAUUCUAUCUAUCUAUUUUUGUUAUUGUUAUAACUAUGUAUACUAAUUAUAUUAAGGAAAAGACUAUUUGUCGUACAA